AUGGGAGUCAUUUGUGAUCCGGUGAAUCGAUCAUUGAUCAUCUCUGAUGAGAUUCUGGGAUAUGGCUCCUCCGGCACGAUCGUUUUCAAGGGGAAUUUCCAAGGUUGUGCAGUAGCUGUAAAGAGGCUAUUGAGAGAUUUCGUUGAUGUUGUGUCCAAGGAGGUCUCGUUGUUGGAGUCUGCUGACAAUCAUGCAAACGUAAUCCGAUACUUUUACAAAGAGGUGACCGAUUCAUUCUUGUAUAUCGCCUUGGAAUUGUGCCCUGCAAGUCUUGCCGAAGUUAUUGAAAAGCCAAACGAGCAUCAAUCUUUGAGCGCCAUUCUAAAACCGAAAAAAGCACUCUCGCAAAUUGCUUCAGGUUUACAGCACCUUCACUCCCUUUCAAUCGUUCAUCGUGAUAUCAAGCCACAAAACAUCUUGGUCUCACAAACUUCAAAAGGGGAAUUGAAGAUGCUCUUGUCAGAUUUUGGGCUUUCGAAAAGGCUCGACGGAGUUGCACAAACGAGCUUCAGUCAAACAGUAAACAAUCCCGGAGGAACUUUUGGCUGGCGUGCUCCAGAGAUCUUGCGUGGUGAUGUCAACCUAGAUGCAGGUGCUGAUACUUGCGAUAGUACUUCGUCCUUCACUUCCGUAAGCGAUCAAGAAAACGGUGGCGAGUCAAAGCGUUCAGAAGAUCGGAAACGAUUGACAAGAGCAGUCGACAUUUUUGCAUUAGGGUGCUUGAUGUAUUACGUUUUAUCCAAUGGCGAUCAUCCUUUUGGCUCACGCUUUGAGAGGGAGAUGAACAUCUUGCGACGAUCGAUAGAUCUUCAACGUUUGGAUGGAUUGGGAGAAGAGGGACAUGAAGCUCAACAUUUGAUCUGUGCAAUGACCAAAUAUGAGCCUGAGCAAAGGCCAGAUGCAUUGAAGAUUUUGUCGCAUCCAUACUUUUGGGAUUCUCAUCGUAGAUUAUCCUUCUUGCAGGACGCAAGUGAUCGAUUUGAUAUUAUGGAGCGUGAUCCUCCAGUCGCUUCCCUCGUCCUCGUGGCACUGGAGGCGAACGCAGUGGACAUUGUUGGAAAUGAUUGGCAUCGUCGAUUGGAUCGACAAGUGAUGGAAGACUUGAACAAGAGAAGGAAGUAUGACCCAAAAAGUAUUGCCGCUCUCUUACGUGCAAUUCGAAACAAGAAACAUCACAUACACGACCUGCCCCAUAACGUGAAGAGACUCUUCACAAUCGCAGGCGUGCAAUUGCUGCCGGAUGGCUUCUUGGCCUACUUUACUUCAAGAUUUCCCCGUCUGUUUCUACAUACGUAUGAAGUAGUGGAUUCGUAUCCGGUUCUGAAAUCUGAAUCUUCCUUCUUGCUGUACUUCAAACCUUUUUCCGAUGAAAUUUGA